UCAGGAUUCAGAAAGUAGCAAGAAAUAGAUUAGAACUAGUCCACCGUAGUGCCACAGUGUCUAACACAUAAACCUUUCCAUUAAUAAUAAUAAUAAUAAUAAUAAUCUUUCGUUUGUUUGAUCAAAAAAAAAUUAGAAUGACAUUUUAUUCAUUAGAUUGAGAAAGAUGAUUGUAUCGUGAGUCCGUGAGUGAAUUGCUUAAAUUUGUCAUCCAUGCAAAAGUUGUUGUAGAGAGGGGAUGCCCACGUGGCAGAUCAACCGACACUAUUGUUUGCUGCGCACUGCGCACCGCUUCAUCUGCCGUUGGAUCUGCUACUUCUCAACCGCUUUGCGUCACCGACACACAUUUUCAUCUUCAUUAUUUUUCUCCAAGAAAAAAAAAAAAACCUUUUUUAUCGCUGCUAAAUUUAUUUAUCCAUUCCACGUAUUCUCUCGCCCAAGAUCUUAUACAUUAAAAAUAUUUUAAAAAUAAAAGGUCCGAACCAGAAACUAUUCAUUUUCUUCUGUUAAUAAUGGUGGUGAGUUGCUUUUGAAGGUUGCUUCUACACAGUUGAGUUGUCAUUAUUUUCUGGUAAAAAAUCUCUCUCUCUCUCUCCCUCUCUUCUUUAUUUUUUGUUCCAGUGGUUGAAGCCUGCUUGUUUAUUACUCGAAAAGGGUUCCUUUUUUUAAAAUAAUUUUUCUUUGGUGUAUAUGUAGAGGACUGAGAAGAAGAUCAUUAACUGGCAACAGGGGGAUAGCUAGUUUUUGUGAAGUGUGAAGUGACUCCACUCCAAAAUGGCUUCAAAACUUUUGAUGAUUGCUAUCUUCAUAAUUGAUCUGAUUGCUUUUGGUCUAGCUGUUGCUGCUGAGCAGAGAAGAAGCACUGCAACAACUAAGCCUGAUAGUGAGAAAUACUAUGACUAUUGUGUGUACGACUCAGACAUAGCAACUGGUUAUGGUCUUGGUGCAUUCUUUAUGCUCAUGCUCAGUCAGGUGAUUAUAAUGUUUGCAAGCAAAUGCUUCUGCUGUGGGAAGGCUCUAAAACCCGGAGGUUCAAGGGCUUGUGCUGUUUUACUGCUUAUUAUAUGCUGGGUAUUCUUCUUGAUUGCCGAGGCAUGCUUGCUAGCUGGUUCAGUCAGGAAUGCAUAUCACACCAAAUACAGGACAAUGUUCAAUGUUGAAGAUCCUCCUUCCUGUGAGACGGUCAGAAAGGGAGUUUUCGCUGCAGGAGCUGCUUUUGUGUUCCUCACCGCCAUCAUCUCUGAGUUCUACUAUGUUUCCUUUUCAAAUUCCAGGCAAAACUUUGAGCCGUACGGUGGACAGGGUGCAGUAGGCAUGGCUUCCUAUUGAAUAUACUUACUAGUAUGAGAUUUGAGAUCAGAGGUUAAUCUUCUUUUGUUCUUGGUUGAGAAGAGAUGAUUGGAACUUUAAAUACUCAGUUUGAUUCGUUCAUGCUUUUUCUGUUGCAAAUAGUAUUGGGGUAUGUAAUGUGGUAGAGCCUAUAGAUCUAAGAACCUCUUUCUGUUAAGAUGUUCUUUACUUUUAGAAAGAAAAACAUUUUACUGAAUGAAUAUCUAAGUCUAUACUUGUAUCCUAUGUACAAAUUUUUCUUCUUGCAUUCAUACUCAUAUUGAUCUUCAUUUCUACUUGCAAAUU